GUGCGGGGCAGGCGAGAGAACUUCAUACACAACGGCUCCUUCCACGAGGCAGUGGCUCCUGUUUUGGCCGUGGCCCAGUGCUUCUGCCUGAUGCCCGUCAGCGGGAUCAGUGCCUCAUCCUACCAAGGACUGAGUUUCAGCCGGCGCAGCUGGCGGUUUUGGUACAGUGUCGUGUACCUCUGUUCCACUUCGGUGGAUCUGGGCUUCAGCAUUCACAAGGUGUCCCACAGUGUUUUGGAUGUUCGCAGUGUGGAGCCAAUCGUUUUCCACGUCAGCAUCUUGAUUGCCUCCUGGCAGUUCCUUAACCUGGCCCAUCUCUGGCCAGGAUUGAUGCGCCAUUGGGGGGCGGUGGAGCAGCGGCUACCUGGUUACUCCUGCCAACUAAAGCGGGCUCGUCCUGCCCGUCGCAUCCAGUUUGUGGCCUUCCUGCUCCUGGCACUUUCUCUGAUGGAGCACCUGCUGAGCAUUAUUUCGGUGGUGUACUACGACUUUUGUCCCCGAAGAAGGGAUCCCGUGGAGUCGUAUUUGCACGGCACCAGUGCCCAGUUGUUCGACUUGUUCCCGUACUCCAACUGGCUGGGUUGGCUGGGGAAGAUCCAGAACCUGCUGCUCACCUUCGGCUGGAGCUACAUGGACAUAUUCCUGAUGAUGCUGGGCUUGGGUCUCAGCGAGAUGCUGGCCAGACUCAACCGCAGCUUGGAACUGCGGGUGCAACAGCCCAUGCCGGAAACUUACUGGACGUGGUCUCGCACUCUCUACCGUUCAAUAGUGGAGCUCAUCCGGGAGGUUGAUGAUGCCGUAUCCGGAAUAAUGCUGAUAUCCUUUGGGAGCAAUCUGUACUUCGUCUGCCUGCAAUUGCUCAAGAGCAUCAACACAAUGCCCUCCUCGGCCCACGCCGUCUACUUCUAUUUCUCCCUGAUGUUUUUGCUCAGCCGAUCGACGGCCGUGUUGCUCUUUGUCUCGGCGAUCAAUGAUCAGGCGCGGGAGCCACUGCGCUUGCUGCGUCUCGUUCCUCUCGAGGGAUAUCACCCGGAGGUCUUCCGCUUCGCCGGAGAACUGGCCAGCGAUCAGGUGGCGCUCACGGGCCUCAAGUUCUUCAAUGUCACCAGGAAGCUGUUUCUGGCGAUGGCAGGAACGGUGGCCACCUACGAACUAGUGCUUAUCCAGUUUCACGAGGACAAAAAGUCUUGGGACUGCUCGGCCUCUAGUUUUAAUUAG